CGCCACUCGCCACUCGGAGCUCGUGUUCUUCACGGUUAAAAAAUAGUGAUGCGGGCAAUUAGACCCAAUCGUUCCGCUCCGCGCGUAUAAGAACUCGCCUCUGUCACGGGCUCCGAUCCAGUCAUCGUUGCACCGGUGGCCGGAACCGCGGAGAGCUCUGCAGCUCAGACCUUAGAGAGAGAGAGAGAGAGAGAGAGAGAGAGAGAGAGAGAGAGAGAGAGAGAGAGAGAGAGAGAGAGAGAGAGAGAGAGAGAGAGAGAGAGAGAGAGAGAGCGCGGCGUGGAUUGAUCUCUCCGGCCAUGGCGACGAUUCAACAGCACCACAUCAAGGCCCUGACGCCGACGUGGUUCCUCGUCAAGGUCACGCCGGCCCUGGCGUCGAGGGAGGGCGGUAGCAAGAAGCCCGCGCCGGGGGCCGCCUACUCGCCGCUCCUCCUGUCGCCGGCGGUGUGGCAGAAGGCGCAGGACGAGAAGAAGGACAAGGACGGCGCCGAGCGCGCCGGCGGCCUGCCGGAGUCGCCGAGGAUCAGCUGCAUGGGGCAGGUCAAGGGGAGGACGGGCAGGGGGUGCUCGAGCGCGCGCGGCUCGGCGCCGCGGGGUUCGGGGUGCCGCGCCGGCGCCGGUCCCGGCGGCGGUGGCGGCAAGGUGGCGACGCUCGUGCUCGGGCUGUUCGGGCGGCGGAAAGCGAAGACGUCGCGUGCGUGCGCCAAGGUCAGGGACGUGCCCGCCGGGAGCUCCCGUGGUGGGCGUCGCUGCCCAGCCACGACCGCGGCAGCGCUCGUGUUUGACCCGCCGUUGCCGGUGGUGAGGCGGCCGGCGACGGACGACAACGCGCCGAGCCUCUGGGAGAGGCGGCGCGGCGGCAAGGCCCUGCAGGGUCUUCAGCUGACAUAGAUCGCUUCAGAGCUCAAGCUAGUUGCUGCAGGGGCACGCCAGAGACCAAACAGCGUCUUUGCAUCGCACGACUAAGUUACUAGUGAUCUAGAGAUCUAUGCAGGCUUAGCCCGUUUGGAACGCCGGUGUUUUUCCUGGUUCAAGAAGAGGCCAGUUUCUGUAAAUCACAAUGAAAUUGAUGCGUUCCUGGUCAGGCCUUAGGUACACUGUAAAUUUGUAUCUUGACCUUGCUUGCUAUAAGAUGCCUGCUGGCUGGAAGCUUCAUCGUUCUUGCACGCAGUGAGCGCAUUCUGUGUGGUCAAUAUAUCUGUAAGCGUGUACAGAAGUCUUGUAUUUUGUUGACCUAGAAGCCAAGUCUGUCGUGUUCUUGAGAAUGAGAAGUGAGGGACCUCCGUAAAAGGCUCCAGAA